AGCACACAGGGAGGGAAAUCACCUGCAGUUGCUGCCACUAUUGUCACUGCUGCAAACGAAGAGACCGGUCACCAGUGUGGGGCUUCAUGUUGUGCGGUAGUCAGCUGUGUUAGCAAUGCCGCAGCAGCAGCAACAAAGCAGCAACAGCAAUGCCAGCAACAACAGAUAAAGGCGAAGUUUUGCACACAGACAUGCAACUAGCGAGCUAAAUAAACAAGCGCGCUGCCAAGUAGCCAGGCAGCUGGCGAGUUGGCCCAGCGUCAGAGUGUUUCUCGCUACAAACGAGUGUGGUUGUCUUAAAAAUACGAAAUUCAUUUCGAGCGACGCUAUAUGUGGUGCAGCCGCCACAGCAGCGUUUAUGGAAAAAUUGUUUAAAAUUGUUUAAAAAAAAUAUUGGAAAAACAUAAAUAAAUAGAUAAGUGAAAAAAUAAAUGUAAUUUAAACAUAUCUUUCAAAUGUAUUCAUAAAUGUUAAGAUAAAAAUAUCAUAGUACAUAGAUAUUAAUAAACAUAUAAAUUAAAAGCUGUAAAAUAAUAAUUGAAAAGGUUAAAAAAGGAAGUGAAAUAGCUGAAAAGUUUUUAUUAGCAAAUUUAAUUGAAUUAAACCAGAAAAUAUCACGUGGUAGUUAUUAGAAGCUAAUUUGUUCUGAAUUCAAAAAAAAAAAAAUAUUGCCAAAAAGCAUUUCAAGUGAAAACAAAUAAAGAAAUAGGAAAAAUAUUUCUAAUAAAGGCCUAACAACAACUCAUUACACAUUAUAUAAAAAUUGUGGUUGAAAAUACAUUAUAUUAACAAACAGUGUUAAGCAAAAUAGUAUAACCUCAAAAAGUGCAUACAAACCUUUUAGUAAAUAAUAGAAAUAAUCUAAAAACAGCAACGACAAACCAAACGAAACGAAUUAACGAGCAGAAAUUGUGAAAACAAACAAACCCAGCCCUAGCAACAACUAAUCAACAACACUAAUUGCCCCUAGACGCUUCUUGGUGGAUAAACGCCGGCAGCAACAACAGUUGUAGUUGACUUACAACGUUCGCAUAUUAACGGUGUCGAACAUCACAGUUGUCAACACUAUCAUUUGGUGUCGAAUAUUGUUGUUGCUGUUAUUAUUAGGCUUGAUGAUGGCAAUUUAGAUUUUGUCCCACCAUCAUCAGCAGCAAUCGUACACCAACGUGCAUUACAUACACACAUACAUGAAUGCUACAACAACACGUGCAACAACUAAUAAAUGGGUCCGACAGCAUCGUCACUGACCUGAAAAUCUAUUUAAUAAUAGAACUAAAAGGCGAAAAAUAAAAACGUUAAAUCAAAUGGCAAAUGAAAUGCUGUUAGCAGUUUAACAACAACAAUAACAAAUUAAGGAAUACAACUGUAGCCUAGGGAAGCCAUAUAUUUUGUAUGGAACAAAGGAAUUCAACGUUGUGCAUGAGUAAACAUCAGUAGAAGCUAAUCACAUCACAAAAAAUCCAAGGAAAAAUCAUUUGCUGAUAGCCCCCUGGGCACCCCCACCAAACUGGCACAUCAAUUUUGGUUCUCAUAUCCGCCACCGGGCGCUGGCGGAGGCUCUUCCAACAGCAAAACAUCGCAAACGGACGAGGAGAAGCAACGCGACCGACAGCGCAGCGAACGUGAAGCGAAGAAAGAAGAACAGGACGCCAUCAAUUACAAACGCGACAAGGAGGCACGUGAGGCGCGUUUGCUCGACCUGGAAAUACGCCGGCAACAGAAGCGUGAGGAGCAUAAGCAACAACAUCAGUUGCACCAACAACAGCAGCAGUCACAGGCAGGCACGAGCGAGAAGAGUCCACCCACAACAUCGGGCCAGUCGCAACAACAACAACAACAGCAACAACAGCAGCAACAACAGCAGCAGCAGCAGCAAGAGCAACAGCAACAACAACAGCACGUGACUGGUGCUGGCAGCAGCAGUAGCGGCACGACCACAGCGCCUCGCAUACAAACGCCACCAGAUCGUUCGUGUCCGCCGGCGUUUCGCAGUCGAUCCAUCGAGCGUGAGCUACACUACGAGCGCAAAAGGUAUUCGGCACCGGAAACAGCCGAAAUCAAGGAGGGUGUAAGCACGACACCAUCACCGCAGGCUAUAACUGGACCGCCGCCAGCCACACAUCAUUCGGUGGUGGCGGGCCCUCCGGCAACAGCAGCAGCUGCUACAGCUGCUAUAAUACCCAUAUUACCGCUUGGAGUUGCCACCUUGCGUGAUGACUCCACGGAAUCCGAGCAAUCCGUGACGUGUACGCAGGCCCAGCCAGAUGCGUAUCAUCGCAUUAUGUGCCGGGCCCCAAUUGCGUCACUCGACUGCAUGGAGGAGUUCAGUGGUACGGGAGGUCAUCUUGAUUUCGGCCGUUCGAUAAGUUUGGGUUCGAAUCCGGCACUACCGUUACGGCAUGGCUCCACACCGACGCCCGGUUUGCGCUACAAGAAUCUUGGCAAGAGCGGCUUGCGCGUCUCCAAUGUCGGCUUGGGCACGUGGCCUGUUUUCUCGCCCGGCGUUAGUGACGAACAAGCCGAAGCCAUAUUGCGUUUGGCCAUCGAGAGUGGCAUUAAUUUGUUUGAUAUCUCAGAGGCGCAUUCAGAGACGGAAAUCGGAAAAAUUUUGCAGCGCACUGGCUGGAAGCGAACAGCAUAUGUAAUUACGACAAAGGUCUACUGGAGCACCAAAUCCGAAGAACGUGGCCUUUCACGCAAGCACAUCAUCGAGUGUGUCAAAGCAAGUUUGCAACGUUUGCAAUUGCAAUAUAUAGAUAUUGUGAUUAUACACAAGGCGGACGCUAUGUGCCCCAUGGAAGAAGUUGUACGUGCCAUGAACUAUGUCAUCCAGCAGGGCUGGGCAAUGUACUGGGGCACAGCACGUUGGUCACAUGUCGAGAUCAUGGAAGCCUACACUAACUGCCGGCAGUUCAAUUGCAUUACACCAAUAGUCGAACAAUCAGAGUACCACAUGUUUUGUCGCGAGAAAUGCGAACUCUAUUUGCCAGAAAUGUACAAUAAGAUUGGUGUUGGCCUAAUGGCUUGGGGACCGCUUUCAAUGGCAUUGGCCGAUACGCAAAAUGGCGAAAAACUCUUUUUGCCAAAGGGAUCAUUCAAAACGAAAAGUCAAAGUUAUUCAUGGACAGAGGAUGAAAUUAACCGAAAUGCGGCCUUAUCGCCACAAGGCAGCUGGGGUAAAGAUCGAGUGGAUGAGGGGCGUCGACAUUGUGAUCGCUUGCGCGAUUUGGCAGCACUGGCCGAGAAAUUGGGUUGCAGUCCAACGCAGCUCUCCAUUGCUUGGUCACUCAAGCAUGAGCCGGUGCAAUGUCUGCUUCUAGGUGCAACCUCGGCGGAACAAUUGCAUCAGAGUUUGCAAUCCUUGCAGCUACUGCCACGCCUCUCAACCAGCGUCUUAAUGGAGUUGGAGCGCAUAUUAGAGAAUAAACCGGUGCGGCCGCCAAUGAUAUCGACACUCGCACUUCGGUGACAAUCAGCCUGCCCUCAGGGGCCGCCUAGCCUCAGUGGCGGCGGCCCUUGUGGGGCAGAGUCACCGAAAAAUGAGGAAGAGGCGUUCUGCGAAGAGGCCGAUGCGAAGGAUGCGUCAAAGCAGGGUUUCUGUGUUAUUCAGUGACAAAAGGGGUCUUUAGAUAACGAUAAUAAAUUUUUGAAAGCGAUUAGUAGUAAAACUAGUUUAAGUAGUACAACAAUGACAACAACAAUAAGCAAACAUGACUUACAACUACAACAGCAGUUGCAGCAGCAACAACAACAACAACAGCAACAAUUGUUACUACUACAUCAGCCGGAGCAUGCGCAGCAACCGCUACAUGUGCAUUACACAGACCAACAGCAACAAGCAAAUUUACAAAAGCAACACCAUUCUUCACACUUAUUAAAAUCUACAACCAAUAAAAGUUUAUUAAUUAAUAAUACCGUUAGUAGUUUAGUCGACAACACCACAAAUAUUUACGAUUUAGACGCUGCGACCGCAACGCUGACAACAGCAUCUGUAACUGCUGCAACACCGUCGGCUAGCAUCACAACAACAACAACUGCAACACGCUUAGAUAGUGCAACCGCAAUUAUACAAAUAGAUUCCUUAAACAACAACACAACUAGUUUAAGUGCCACAACCAACGCCAUCACAACCGCCACCACACCAACCAACAAUAACGGCUGCGUGAUGAUACCAACCAGCGAUGCAACCGAGUCGGAACCGAAAACUCAAAAGCGUCGCUCAUUGCUCAACUUCAAAUCGUUCGAUUUUCACAUCAAAUCUCUAUAUUCUGGUUUGCGGAAUGGCAACAAACACUCGCACUCCCAAUCGUCUUCGCUGGGUGGUUGUGUAGGUGGCAGCAAAAGCGGCAGUAGCGCUGCUGACGGUGAGGGUAGAACCGACAAUGCGAAUGGUAGCGGUUUACUGGACGCCGUCACACCGAUCGGUGGCCGUGGCGGCACAGCCAUCAAUAAUCGCAUGCCGCCCUAUCUCAAGAUCGAAUCGGUCGAUGCUGAGGAAGCGGAGAAUCUACUGCUCGAUUACCCACAAUCGCCGUACUCUUCGCGUCGCAAUAGCUCACACGAAGACGACAAUCGUUCCAGUUCGCAGCUGUUGCACAUCAACCGUUACGACAUGUGUUCGCGGUCGCAGGCCAGUUCGCCUUCCCCGUACUACCUGUCACCAUAUGCCAUCGAUUCGGACAAUAUACGACGCUCCUCGACGUCGGACAUUAUGUCGUGCAAGCGCAGCGGUACAUCCAGCGCGAGUGAUAGCCGUCGGCCGAGCACGAGCGAUCUGUUGCGGAAGGCGCGUGAACGGCGCGGUAGCGAGGCGCGAAUGGGCCGCAGCGUUUCGCAUAGUGGACUGCCGCGUGGUGGACCCCGUAUAGGUGCGGGUGGCGGCGGAGGACGGCGUACGAGUAUGGCAUUUUAAAAUGAAACCGUAUAUUGUACUUUGCAAUAAUAAAUGACAAAGUGUGUUUAAAUAAAAGUAAAAGGUAGUCGAAUAUUUCUAUGCGAUUUCAAGCGCACUUUGUCGAGUCAUGUGUAUUCAUGAUGCUCUACAUCGUUAUGCAAUUAAGUGCUUAUGAAUUUUUAAAAUUUAAUUAGAAAAAAUUUAAAAUUAUCGUAACAUAUAACUAGUCAAGUAUUUAUAAUUAUAAAAUAGCUUAAAUAUUUAUUAAAUAAAAAUUAAAGCUUAACUUAUCAAAUAAAUUAUUCAAAAAUAAACAUUAAUGCGAAAAUUUAAUACAAUAAAAAUAAAUAAAAUUUAAAAAUUAUAUCAAUACAAAAAACACACAGUUCAAUUACACUCGCUGACAAAUAAAAUUGCAUGCAAAAACAUUCUUCUCACAAAAAUUGUUCAUGAUAAUAAAUUAACUUAAUUUCUACAAUAAAAAUUGCUGACACUUAUUAUUUUAUUUACUAUCGAAAACACAUAACCGCUGCAAUCUGAUAACCACUCUUUUGUAUAAGUUAAUAAAAAAUGGUCAACUCGUUA